AUGAUAGCGUUCAUCUUAUUCUUCCAGUGCAAAGCGAUGAGGACAAAAUCUACAAAAAAACCCUGCCUUUCAUCAAAAUUUUGGAUUCUCCUGGAGUCGUCCUCAUCCAAAGAUUGGGAUAGGGAAAUUUGGAAUGCCAUUAGCAGCUCUCUCCCCAUCGUUGCCUUGACAAUUCUGCUGUCGUUUGUAGCAGGGAUAUUUGUCUGGAUGAUGGUAAGUACAAAACAUUAUUUGGAAGAAAGAGAAUUGUAACACCCAGGGGCGGAUCCAGGGGGAAGGGGGGAUUGGGUGGCUAGCCAGCCCCCCUUAGAACAGCCCCUUCCCCCCCCAAAAAAAAUGAUAAGUGGAAAAACAAACGGAAAUACGUAGAUCUAAAAAAAUAUAGAAAUACGUGGGCACCAAAAACCAUGGACACCCAACGACGGUUUCCUCUUAAAUGCAUUGAAGUGAGUGAUAAACCUGUUUAUCAGGAUUAAAUACAUGUGACGGAAGUUUAGCGCCAAGCCCAUGUAUAUAUGUGAGUUGCUGCCUCGUGUGAGUCAUUAUGCGAUUCUAGCCAGCUAAUGCGUUGAACUCGAUUGUAAGCUUUUGUUGUCUGUGCGAAUAAUUAUGGCGAGCUUUAACUUUGACACGUGGUGUACGGCUACUAAACUUACAGAAACGAGUGUGGAUAUCCUCAAGAAGGAGGAUCUCGAUACCGAGGAAGCCCUACAGCUCCUCACUCCGACGGAUUUAGAGAAAUUGGGGCUGAGCAUAGGGCAGAAACGCGUUCUCGAAGCGGCACUGAAAAAGUUGCGAAAGGAUGUCAACGAAAAACCCUCUCCAGGAGAUGCUACUGGUGCGAGCGACCCCAUCACUACAAAGUCACUAGCGAGCGAUGGAGGUUUGGAAGAAAUUCUGAAGAAAAUUGAAAGUGCAGGCUCGCUGGACGAAUCUCUUCUGGCCCUAGGAUCGACCGACUUUUCCUCGGCCAAACCGCCAGCGUUAAACACGUCAACUCUUCCCCGACUAGACAACGACCCGCACGUGUUUCUUGGCCUACAGCAAAAGGGAACAAGCGCAAAACAAGGUGAGAAGCCUCUGUUAAUACCAGACUUUGUAAACCUGGGAACUUAUGACAAUCGCGAAGACGAGCAAGAAAUUGGAAAUAAUUCUAGUGGGGCAAAAAUUGUAAUUCGCUCAGCGAGGGGAAAACCAAAAUUAGAACAUGUCACCCUUUCUAUGUGGGUCGCCGCAAACUCGCGAAUUAUGCACGAGCUCCUUCGAACAGGAAAACUAUCAGCAACCACUACCGCCAUCGCUGAUUACCUGGCUUACACAAUAAAAUUUGCUGAACUCCUCGAGUCCCAUACACUCGCCUCGGCUUUGGCGUACGAUAACGAGUAUCGUAAAUUACAGUGCGAAUAUGGCUUUCGAUGGGGGAGUGACUCGCAGCACCUUCAUACCAGAUUUCUGAUUAAACGCCGUCCUUCGCAGACCCCAGCUGCAACCUCACCCAACGCACAGAGAUUUCCCCCACGCCUUAACCGCCAACCACAAACCUCACCCACAGCUCCAAUUUGCCGCCAAUUUAAUUCGUUAACGGGAUGCCUUUGGCCAAACUGCCGUUUUCAACAUGUUUGCUUGGUGCCAAAUUGCAACCAGGGUCAUCCACAGCACGAACAUCGAACAGCGCCCACAGCGUGACUUCUAAUAGACCCACAAGCCAUGAUCAAAUCCCCACUUAACCGACAGGCCUGGAUAGACAACCUUGAAACCGACCGUGACAGGGACUUUAUCAUUAACGGACUCACAAACGGCUUUGAAAUUAUUCCUAGCGAUAGCGUUUUGAAAACGGCGGAAACUAACAACUACAAAUCGGCGACCGCAAGCGAUGUACGAGACAAAGUAGAAAACCAAAUCCGCGAGGAAAUUAGCAAAGGCAAUUACGUAGUAACCCACGUGAAGCCGACUAUCGUUAGUGCCCUUGGGGCUAUCCCAAAACCAGACACUGAUAAAAUCCGGCUCAUACACGAUUGCAGCAGACCGCAGUUUUCCAAUGUAAACUCCUAUGCCACAACGCAACACUUUUCUUAUGUAACAGUAGAAAAAGCUGUAUCACAGAUAAAACCUAACUCCUACCUCGCAAAAAUUGACCUGAAGAGUGCCUAUCGCCACGUCCCAAUCCACCCUUCUAACUACCGCGCGACUGGACUAGCGUGGCAGUUUCAAGGAGAUCAACAUGUCACGUAUUUGUACGAUAAUAAACUACCCUUCGGAGCCUCGAAAUCACCGGAGGUGUUUCACAGAUUAACACAAGCUGUUACGCGCAUGAUGGCCCGCCGGGGAUUUCGGACAAUCCUCGCGUAUCUUGAUGAUUUUCUUAUAAUUGGCGAUACCAAGCAAGAGUGCGAAUUGGCCUAUUACGAACUUAUUAAACUUUUGACCGAACUUGGUUUUAACAUAAACUGGGAGAAAGCAGUCGCUCCCACGCAGCGAUUAACUUUCUUAGGAAUUGAGAUCGACACAGUGCUUAGGCAACUUUGUUUGCCCGACAGCAAGCUAUGCGAACUUCGACAGUUAUUAAGCGAUACCUUACUCAAGCGAUCAAUCACAAAGCGAGAAUUGCAGAGCCUCGUAGGAAAAUUAAACUUUGCAGCACGUGUAGUUUUCGGAGGCCGGACAUUCCUGCGGCGAAUAAUCGAUGUCACGAACACUUUAUCACGCCCACAUCACCACGUGCGCAUUAACACCUCCCUAAGAGCCGAUUUAUUAUGGUGGGCGCGUUUUCUAAGCGUCUUUAAUGGCAAAGCGUUCUUUGUUGCUUCAACACCAACCGUUUUGGAAGAAUUCUCUACCGAUGCUUGUCCUAUCGGAGGAGGCGGGUUCUUUCAGGGUGAUUGGUUUUACACUAACUGGGCUACUGAUCAUCCUGAUCUAACAGAAGCGCAUAUCAACCUCAAAGAAACCUUUACAGUUUUCCUAGCGUUACACCGCUGGAAAUGGUACUUGCGUGACAAAUGGAUUGUUGUCCACACUGAUAACCACACGACAAUCCGCGCGUUAAACAAAGGCACAAGUCGCAACCCCCAAGUUAUGCAAUGGUUACGCUCCAUAUUUUGGCUCUCUGCUACUAACAAUUUUCGAAUCACCGCUCGUUACAUCCCUUCAAAGGCUAACACCGUUGCCGAUGCCAUCUCACGCCUUCAUGACUCUGCCUUCUGCAGAACCCUAAAGGAACUUUUCCACACCCUUCUUCUAGCAUUCGACCGCCAACGCGCUCAGGUUUCACAGUCAGCCUUUUCUUCUCUCCCCUGGCAGGUGCAGUCCGUACUCAGGAGCAGCUACUACAGGAGGAACUGAGAAUGUACCGCAACCAUGCCUUUGCCAAAUCCACAGCAGCAAGUUAUAAGUCGCAGCUACGAGCAUACCUUCGCUUCUGUCUCUUCUUCGGCUAUACCCCAGUUCCCUGUCGCGCUAUUUACCUCCUCCGUUACAUUGUCUUCCUCGCACGAACACUCUCUACUCGCAGCAUUCCCAAUUAUCUCAACGUUGUCCGUCUUUUGCACCUACAGUAUGGCUACCCUAACCCUCUUGAAGACCCUUUAUUCAAGCAUCAGAAAACUCUCCUCAUGAGAGGCAUAAAGCGAAUUAAUGGAGAACGUGUGACGCAAAAGCUACCUAUUACACCCGAUGUCCUUCACAAAAUGCAAUGCCAUUUACAUCUUGACUCCUCGCUUGACGGCACCUUUUGGGCGGCAUGUUUGGUCGCAUUUUUCUCCUUCUUUCGUAAGUCAAACUUACUGCCACCUUCCACCACGGAAUUUGACACCACGCGCCACCUGCGGAAAUGCGAUGUUCGAUUGUUCCCGUGGGGCAUCAUUCUUGUUGUUCGUUGGUCUAAAACGAUCCAAUACCGAGAUCGCACUCUCCUGGUUCCAGUUCCGAAGAUUGCUCACUCCUCCUUGUGUCCUUGGUCAGCGGUAACUCGCGCUUUCAAGCUUGCCGGUGUUUAUCAAAGUAACAAAUCUGCUUUAGAACCUGCUUUUACUUACCUAGAGGACGGUGUCCUUAAAACACUGACUUAUACCACAUUCACAACUAAACUGAAACGCACACUGGAUCUCUGCGGCUACGAUCGCUCGCGUUUCUCUGGACACUCCUUUAGGCGAGGGGGUGCUUCGUUUGCCUUGCACUGCGGCGUGCCUAGCGAUUAUAUUAAGCUACAAGGCGAUUGGACAUCGACUGCAUAUGAGCGUUACUUAGACCAUUCACUACGCUACAAAUUAGAGGCUGUUAAACAGAUGAGCCAGGGUCUCACUCACUAACUCCCCUUUUCUCUCCUUGGGGGUUUGGAGGGUAUCGCGCGAUGGUCUAUUCAAUAAAGACCCAGAGAACCCCAAAGAGAGUUGUUGUGUAUUUAGUGAGUGAUAAACCUGUUUAUCAGGAUUAAAUACAUGUGACGGAAGUUUAGCGCCAAGCCCAUGUAUAUAUGUGAGUUGCUGCCUCGUGUGAGUCAUUAUGCGAUUCUAGCCAGCUAAUGCGUUGAACUCGAUUGUAAGCUUUUGUUGUCCCAUCCCUCCCUCCCUGAGGGUAUCGCGCGAUGGUCUAUUCAAUAAAGACCCAGAGAACCCCAAAGAGAGUUGUUGUGUAUUUAAAUGCAUUGAAAACACUUUUUAGGCUAUUCAGAGUACUUUUAGAUCUCUAAAAAUGCAUUCUAAGUGACUCUAAAAAAUUUAUAUCCGUUCGGUCAUCCUGGGGCAACUUGAAUCUUAUCGAAAUUGCAAGGGCUUCAGUAUUAUUUUCCUCAACAUUUUAGUUGCAAUUUAAAGUUUUACGAAAUUGAGAAUUCUUCUGAUUCCUCUCUGCAUCGCAUUUUCAAUUCCGAAAAUGUAAGUUUUCCUUUCCCUACGAAAAAUAGCUUAACCUGGGGAGUGAAAUGGGAAAAUUUAACUUCAGAAAAUCGUAGGGAAUUCAUUAGUUAAGCGUCGAAAAUUGUACAUGAAUAAAACGGUCAUCUAAAAAGUUUUAGCUUUCCCCAAGCUAUAGAAAAUUCUAGGCAAUUUUUUGAAUUUAGCUUAGGGAAAAUAGUAACUUGAACGCUAUUAGUUAAUUCUUACGUUUCAUAAUAAUGUACUCAUCCGGGGGAAAUAUGCAAAAUACGUCUAUAAUAGGCUCCUGGUGUAUAACAAAAAAAGUCACAAAUGCACAAGCUUUAAUACCGUUCGCCACCAUAACAUUACUCAGUUUAUGCAAGUUGAUCUUAGCCGACUGAUCGAGGAGGACUUGUCUUGUUAAAUUCAAACAGGAAACGAAGACCAAUAACGAGGAGUUUGGCAGGCCGUUUUAUCGCGAGAUAUUUGACGGCUACUGGUGGGCUUUUGUUACCAUGUCAACAGUUGGGUAGGCACAUCUGCUCUAUAGGAAUCUUUGCUGACGUCAUAGUAUACAUUUUUGCUCAUUAGCAUACGAAGUAACCCAUAGAAGGCGUCACUGCAUUCACAAAUUAAAUCCAAACGUUGAGAGAGUUAAUUAAUUUGAGCAAUUUGAGCAAUUUUCCGCUCUUUGGAAGCAAUAACAAAGGAAAUAACUACGAAACUAUUCGGUAUAUCUGGCUCUUUUUUUUUGUCAUAGAUAACUGAAAUUGUGAUGCUCUUUCGAUAUUAAGAGGGUUUAUUUCAAUAGCUUGCUCACAGAAUGAAAGGCAUAUGCUAACUGAGGAAAAAAAUGUAAAGAAAGAUUUGCCCAUUAAACAAUUAUAGGCUAUUGCCUAAUUUCAAACCGAGAGUGGCUGGGUCGAGUCCGUUUAUUAUGGAAUAAACAAGUUAAGACCCACAUAGUCAUUCUUAAGUUUGGUGUUUAUCGGGUCCAUAUUGAACGAGAUACAGCCAUUCGAAAACUCUAGCAUUAAAUAACAAAUAUUAGGGACCCUAAGCAACCGACGACGGCGACGGUUAGGAAAACGUUACUUAAGGUGGCCCGAACUUAUUUAUGUGCGCGUUGGUUAUGUUUUUGAAACGCGUUUUUUUGCCAGGAAAGAUUUAACCGAUUUCUGUGAUUCUUGGCAUCCUUAACAAAGAAUGGUCGGCCUUUAAGAAACUGUCAUUUAUCUUCUUGUAGGCAUUAAAACGUUUGAGAUAUCGGCAUAUGUUUUAAACCGCAUUUUUCCAAAAAAAUGUGAAUAAUUUCGAAAUCCUAAGACAGAUUUUUCACUAACUUCAGCAAACAAGCCUCAGAGCUCUCUAGUUUUAUAUUUACAAGUCUGAAGUCAAUCGUGACCGUAGAACUCGCUGCACAAAUAGCUUGUCAAAUUUAACCUUAAAAUGCAACGCUAACACAUUUGUGAAAGUUGUAAGCGAUUUCUACGGUCACGACUGACUUCAAACUUGCAGUUAUAAAACUAGAGAGCUCUGAGGCUUAUUUGCUGAAGUUAGAGAAAAAUCUGUCUUAGGGUUUCGAAGUUAUCGACAUUUUUUUCUUUUUAUACCUACAAGAAAAUAAUAACAGUUUCUUAAGGGUCGACCAUUCCUUAUUAAGGAUGCCAAAAAUCAUACAAAUCGGUUAAGUCUUUCCUGCCGAAAAACACGACUUUAAAACAUAACUAACGCGCAUGCAAUAGGUGCGGGCCACCUUAAAAAAGAACUCGUACUGCUUUAAUAUUCUUCGCGCUUCACGUUCAAGAAAGCGUGAUGCAAGUGCAAAAAUUCAGUGCUGUUUUGCCAAUCUAAACCAAGAGUGGAUAAAAAGCUUUAUCCUUUCUUGUCUAAACCUAUUGUUUUUUGCCGUUAUCGUUGCCGUCGCCGUCAUCGUUGCUUUGCUACCUAACUGGACUUCCGGACGGUGUGUGGCUGGUAACCCAUAUAUCUCUUAAAAAUUUUCACCUUUUUAAAUAGCUAUAUCUUGUUCGACAUUGACCCGAUUGACACCAAACUUGAGAGCUUUCCUAACCUCAAAGUGCUCUUUCUGACUAUGACGCUGUCAUGUUGUUUAUCCCAUAAUAAACGGACUCGUGCCCAGACCUGCUCUAAACUUCCUUGUUUGAAACUAGGCAAAGGUACAUCUUUAUAUAGAUACAAGAGCGAUGUUGAAUAAAUUAGUUUGAGAAGCUAUCAUGGGACGCCCAGGGUGAUUGGUAUAUCAAUGUGUGAUAAUGAGCUUGAAAUAAUCGGGGAAAUAAAAUUUAAACCAAGGAUAAAAUUGAACCACAACUUAUCCUAUCAGUGAAUGCAUUCAUCCGAUGGUUAAGCCGGUAUCUUGUGUGAUCUGCGAUUUAAGUCAUUAUGUUCCCAUUGAAAUAUUGAAUUAAUAUAUGAUUGAUCUGCGGUACACAAGGAAUAAUAAAUCAAGGUAAUUUCGAAAAAAAGAUAACGAAUCUUCUUUCUUCAGUCCGUUUUUGGUGACUCUGAUGACGAUGUUGAGAAUAACAAGAGACGAAAGUAGAACCAUUUUCUGAGUAGAUAGCUCAAACGUUUUAACUUUUGAAUGCAUUUUUUUCUUGAAGAUACGGCGACAAGACGCCAAAGUCUGUAAUUGCCCGACUGCUCGCUGUGGGUUGGAUAAUGAUUGGUCUCACCAUCUGUUCACUUUUGGUAGCGACAUUGUCUAGAGCUUUUACAGGCGUUACAGUGGAGAGAUUUGGUGUGGUCGCACAAAUAAAGGUUCGUACAAAAUGCAAUGACAAUUUCAUGUUCUGUCGACUUGAUGUUAGCGACGUCCUAACGGGGGAACAAGGAUGGCGCAGUGGUGACAGCACAUCACACGCCACCCAACAAUAUGGCCCGAGGUCAGACCCCGGCGUCGACACCAUAUAUGGGCUGAGUUUGUCGUUGGUUCUUUUCUUAGUUCCGAGAGGUUUUUCUCUGGGUAUUUCAGUUUCCCCCUCUCCUUAAAAACCAACACUUCCAAAUUCAAAUUCAAUCUGGAACGCACGGACACGUUUCAACGAGUUCGCAAGAACUUUUAAGUGCAUGCUUCGUGGGUAAACAAUAGAGAGCAAUGACAAUCCGCCUUGUUUUAUAGGUUGGUGCCACAAGAGAUAGCAUUGGUUUGCAGAAAGCGGUGAAUCUUGGUGCGAACGUAAGAGGUGAUUGUCUUUUGCUACCAAACUAUUCCAGGAUAUUUCUUUAAUUCUAAGAGACUCACAGUGAAAGAUCUAAGUUAGGUACACGAGCCGAUUUUAUUUUAUGUGUACUCAGAUUUUGAGGACCUUGAUGAGGCCUACAACGCUUUGAUCAAUGAAAAGUCGAUCGAAGGAGUGAUGGAGGAGGUGUUCACAGCCAUGGAAUAUAUCAAGAAAAAGAACAAUCCAUUGUUUUCUGUUGUCCAUUUCUUCGAAGAGAAGCAUGGCUAUGGCGUGGCAUUCAAAAACAAUCCUUUU